UGCUGCUCAAGACUGGGAUUGUUAACCACCAUCGAAGAAUAUCGCUUCUCAUAACAGCAAAAAGGUUCUAUAGACCAACCUCAGUACAACCUGAAAUGUCCAGAUAAACAAGCCUGUGGCAGCCCUUCCCUGUGGCAAGACUGCCUUGCAUGGAAUAACGUGUUUAAAUCAGUCCAAAAUCAAAAUCACUUAAGGCUAUCUUGGCUCUCAAACUUCAUAGGAUUCCUCUGUAUUAUCAAGUCAUCACUUGGUUACAGGGACCAUCUGGAUGUCAGGAUGCAAGUGGUUAGGAUUAUAAUGUUGCUACUUCUUUGUAGAGCAGCUGAGUUCAGGAAAAGAAGAAAUGGCAGCUACAGAAACAGACUGAGGAACUGUGGUGAGAAUUGCCUCAGAGAGAGCUCCAAUCAUGUCAAAAGAUUUUCUCAGUUCCUCAGAACCAUAUGUAGUGAAAGUCUGUAUGAGAAUGAGAAACUUUUGACUUGUCAAGAUAAGCAACUCAUUACAGUGCCUCGUAAUUUGCCAGAGGAUGUUAUCCAUUUACAGUUAGCAGGAAAUAAGAUCGAAAGUUUAAAGAACUUUACGUUUUCGACAUUAAAAAAUUUGAAGAGCCUUGACUUGCAACGGAAUGCCAUAACAAAUAUCGAAGCAGAUGCUUUUGAGGGCUUGGAUGAACUAGAAACGCUAUUGCUACAACACAACGAAUUACGAUUUAUCCCGGAGGACAUUUUUAUUCCUAUCCCUAAACUAGAAUACCUGCGUAUCUAUGGCAACCCCUGGGAUUGCAACUGUGAACUAGAGCAAAUGGUUAGGAAGCUACAGAUACCUGGCCAACGAAAUCUAGGCAGCCUGGCCAAAUGUAAAACUCCAAAAGGAUUAGCUGGUUAUAAGCUGAAGACUAUCAAUGUGAGCUUACUCUGUUCUGAAGAUCUGCUCCCUGCACCAAUACAGACUCUUCCUGAUUCCACCGAAUGCAACAUUUACCUUUUUCCAAAGUCAAGAAUAGACUGUCAAAAUAAAGACUUGUCAAAAGUUCCCACAAGUAUACCCGCUGAAGUACUGGAAAUUGAUCUUUCCAGAAACAAAAUCAAGCAACUGGAUGCCAAAAAUUUCAUGAAUUUUAAGGAAUUAGAAAUAUUAAAUCUCAGCAAUAAUGCAAUAGAAUACAUAAAUCCUGCUGCCUUUGUUGGUCUUCUCCGUCUGAAGGAGCUGGAUCUAUCCGAGAAUCACUUAGACAACUUUGAAUAUGGUGUCUUGGAGCACCUCUAUUUUAUCGAGAGGAUAAUUCUUACCAGAAAUCGAUGGAAGUGUGAUUAUCAGAUCCACUACUUGGCCUACUGGUUGCAGGUUCACUACACUGUAAAGUCUGAAGGCCUUGAAUGUACAGAGCCCAGUGAAUAUGAGGGCUGGACUGUGCAGAAAUACAUUAAAAAAUAUUAUGAGGGCUGUCCCAAAGAAAAGGGAGUAGCAGAUUUUGAUACUUAUGAUUCUGAUAAGUUAGAAGAGGAAGAAACUAGAAGGAUACCUUGACUUGUUAAAGUUUUAAAUAUUUCAUGCUUGCCCUUUAAAUAAUGACAUAGAAUAAGUAUAUAGCCAAAUUUCAUACAGGCAUUACAUAUGUCAAAAUCAGUUUGUUCUAGCCUGUAUGGUUUAUAUUAUAGCAUUAUUAAAAAAAUCAGAUUACACACAUUCCAAUUCAUUCAAGGAAUUUCAAUGAGCUUUUUGUAAGACAGCUGUAUUGCAUGAGAAAAAUGAUACCUAUAUCUUAUAGUAUAGCUGCAUUUUUAUGAAACCUUGUAAAGUAUCUUAUUCUUUGUAAUAAUUUAGAAAGCAGCAUGUCUGUAGCAGUAAUAAAUAAAGAAUACACCAGCAAAAGACAUUAGACUUUCUAGCCAAUGAGCACCUUUGAAUGCCCUAUUAUGUUGUGUUGUCAUGAUAUUGUACCAUGCAUUGAGAAUUUUUACAAGUUGGUUUUCUUUGUAUAUCCAUAUGAAGAAACCAAAUAGAAAACCUCAUUUAAUUGCUGUAUUGUUAUUGAUCAAUUCAGAUCUCUCAGCCAGACCUUUUAAUGUAUUUGUCUUUCUCUUUGCCCCAGCUUUUGUCUGAUUGUCUUAGCUUUUCUCACACUGCCACAGUAUCAGCCCCUAAUAACAAGUUUUUAACCCUAAUCCUAAUUUUGGACAAAGUAACCGAAAAUCUGUAAAGCUGUAGAAUGUUUCCAUUGUUAAUGGACAUGAAACUGUCCACUACUAUUUUAACUCAAGUGGUACACUGUGCAGAGCAUUAGUUCUGAGUAAAAUUCUGAGAGUAGCAAAAAGUGUGAAAGGGACAAAGAAAAAUUCAAAAGAGAGAAUGAAUAGUUUUAAUCUUGCAUAACUUGAGAAGAUCACAUUCAAAGCAUUUUGCAAGGACACAACUGUUAGUAAAGGGAAUUCACUGCCACCUUCUAAAAGAGCAAUUAGGAAUGGGCAGUAAAUGUUUUGCCAGUGACAGCCUCAUCUCAUAAAUUAAUGUUGAAAAAAUAAUCAAUGGAAAUAUUCAAGAGUUAGUAGCAUUCAAAAGUUAAAAGCUAGCUUGGCAACUAAAAAUCUUGCUGUGAGAUUAAAGUGUAUUGUAUCUUGGUGUCCUUAACUGAAUGGAAGAUCUUGCAUUUUAACAAGGGAUAACAAUCUGGCAAAGUCUGACAAAAUCUUUCAAUGUAUGUGCAUCUUUUUUCCAGUUUCUCUAACUAAAAGCUCCUAAACCACACUGAAGCAAAAACCUGCUGUUAUUCUUUCACUGAACAGUCAUAUGUGUUGUGCACAAAGCACUAGCGACCAGCACAAGUUCAAUGUCUUGUAUACUUCCAUUGUAAGUCCUAAUGAUAUUUUGUGCCUUUCUCUACAUUAGUCUUGAUGUUGAGCUCUUCCUAGUUCACUCUGAUCCAGAAUUUCAGCUUACUUCCCAAUAGAUGAGAUGCCAUUAUUUGGGGAAUAACCAUCUCCAUUUUUGUCCUAUACCAGCUAUCUUCUUUGCACAACCUGUUCACUCCAAGCUCUGCAACAUCACUAAUCAAUGCCAGGCAUUUUGCAGAUACUUGUUCAGCACAACUAUAAAGCUGUUCUGCUGUCUUCAAUACACUCCACCUCAUAUAUUAUAUAUAUAUAUAUAUAUAUAUAUAUAUAUAUAUAUAUAGCUUUGAAUAAUAUUUUUCUAUAAAUAUAUUAGGAGUAAUUUCAAUUCAUUUUGCUUAUAUAGUGUACCUACUACACAGUUCCUGCUUGCUUCCUAUUUUCCACCACAUGGCUUCCAAAUGUUUGUGGUUGUGUUAUCAUUAAUUUGUUUAUGGUGAAUUUUUGCAUUGUUUGAGAUUUUUAUCCCUUUAAUUGUUGCGUCAUUUAAGUUAAUAUUUUAUAACAGUUUUCAUUCUAUUGACAAUUUUUAAAGCUUUGUAAACAUUUUGUUUAAUGAGGAGCAUUAAAAUGUUAUACA